AUGUCGUCCACCGGCAUUGAGCGCGCAGGUCACAAUGACGACCCGCCGACCUACGGCUCCUCCUACCACGGGCGCUUCCCUCAGGAAAAGCUCGUUGGCCAGCCGCAUGACGAGACCCUGGAAGCAGGCGGCCGUUCGUCUCUGGACUCGAGCCUGAAGCAGGAUCAUACCCAUCGCAAACUCAAGUCGCGUCAUAUCCAGCUAAUUGGUAUCGGUGGCACGAUUGGAACCGCUCUCUACGUCCAAAUUGGAAGGGGUUUGCUCAACGGUGGGCCGGCGAGCCUGUUCCUCGCCUUCAGCGUUUGGUGCACCUUCAUCCUGGCCGUGACCCUCAGCAUGGCUGAGAUGGUCACCUAUCUCCCGAUCUCGAGCCCCUUCAUCCGCUUCGCCGGUCGCUACGUCGACGAGGCCUUCGGAUUUGCUGCUGGCUGGAACUUUUUCGUCUUCGAGGCCGCCCUUGUCCCCUUCGAGGUCGUCGCCUGCAACCUCAUCAUCCACUUCUGGAGCGACGCGGUCCCCGCCGGUGGCAUCAUUGCCAUCAUCCUAGUCCUGUAUGGCCUCAUCAACGUCAUGGCCGUGCAGUGGUACGGUGAGACCGAGUUCUGGGCUGCCCUCGGCAAGUUCAUCCUCAUCGUCGGCCUCAUCAUCUUCACCUUCAUCGUCAUGCUCGGCGGGAACCCGCUGGGAGACAGGUUCGGCUUCAGGUACUGGAACGAGCCUGGGGCCUUCGCGGAGCUCUACUAUGAAGGCUCACUCGGCAAGUUCCUCGGGUUCCUGCAGUGCCUCAUCAUGGCCUCCUUCACGAUCGCCGGGCCGGACUACGUCUCCAUGGCCGCCGGCGAGGCCGAGAACCCGCGCAAGAUCAUGCCCCGCGCCUUCAACGCCGUCUUCUACCGCCUGACCGCCUUCUUCGUCCUCGGCUCUCUCUGCGUCGGCAUCCUCGUGCCAUACAACGACGAGGAGCUCACCCGCGCCUUCAAGGACGCGGAGCCCGGCGCCGCCGCCUCGCCCUACGUCGUCGCCAUGAACCGCCUUAAGAUCAGGGUCCUGCCGCACAUCGUCAACGCCAUGGUUCUUACCGCCGCCUUCUCCGCCGGCAACAGCUACGUCUAUUGCGCCUCGCGCUCGCUGUACGGGCUUGCGCUCGAGGGCAAAGCGCCCGCCUUCUUCAAGAGGUGCACGAAGAAGGGCGUCCCAGUCUACUGCGUCAUCGCCGUUCUGCUCAUCGGACUCCUUAGCUUCCUCCAGCUCAGCUCCAACACGGCCGUCGUGCUCAAUUGGUUCGUCAGUCUGGUCACCGCGUCGCAACUCAUUAACUUUUCCUGCAUGUGCACGGCGUACCUGGCCUUCUACCGCGCCCUCAAGGCCCAAGGCAUCAGUCGCGACUCGCUGCCGUACAAGGGGUGGUUCCAGCCGUAUGCCGCUUGGUAUGGCCUCAUCGGCACCUUCAUCAUGACGUUUGUCGGUGGCUACACCGUUUUUCUGCCCCUGGAUGGGUACUGGAACAUUCCCGACUUUUUGUUCUCGUACACCAUGGUCGGCAUCUUCCCCGUCUUGUAUUUAGGCUGGAAGUUUAUCAAGCACACCAAGAUCUAUAAGCCCGAGGAGGUCGAUCUGUAUCGCAACAAGGAAGAGGUUGAUGAGUACGAGAGGAAUUUUGUGCCUACGCCGCCAGCCAACACGUUCGAGAAGGUGCUGGACAAGCUUUUCGGCUAA